CCGGUGACGUAAACAGCGCGCCGGGACGUCGCGGUCUGCGUCCCUUCGUCCGCCGUGUCCAUGGACAACCUGAGAGGACGGGGCUGAGAGGGGCCGUGGGGAGAGACCGAGACAUGGCCUCUUCGAUGGUCAGAGCCACCGUCCGGGCCGUCAGCAAGAGGAAGAUCCAAGCCACCAGAGCUGCCCUUACGCUGACCCCAUCUGCUGUGAAUAAGAUAAAACAACUGCUUAAAGACAGACCUGACCACGUAGGAGUUAAAGUUGGUGUCCGUACAAGAGGUUGUAAUGGACUUUCCUACACACUAGAAUAUACAAAAUCAAAAGGGGACUCUGAUGAAGAAGUAGUACAGGAUGGUGUUCGAGUGUUUAUUGAAAAGAAAGCACAGCUCACACUUCUAGGAACUGAAAUGGACUAUAUAGAAGACAAACUGUCCAGUGAAUUUGUUUUCAAUAAUCCAAACAUCAAAGGAACGUGUGGUUGUGGAGAAAGCUUUAAUAUCUAAAGUAUCAGGAGGAAUUCCAUGCCUUUUGACACCACAACUGCUUUCUAAAGUAAUCACUUGGCAUGUGUUUUUCAGGUCUUUAGGCUUUGUAAGAUAUGGCUGCCUUUAAGGAAAAUAAACGUACUUCAUUUUGAAAAUGUAAUCUGUGUGUUAAAUUCAAGCCCUUGCAUAUUUUCUGAAUUUGAUAGAGUGAAAGUGGAUUUGUCUGCAGAAACUGAAAAUACUGAGAUACAGUAAGAUUUCUCUCAAUUUGAUUUGCAGAAAAUUCCAGUUCUUUCUCUUAAAUGUCUUCCUUCUGCAGCACCUCACCAUUUGUUCACAAUACACAUAGUGAAAAUUGUUAUGUAUAAUCAUAGUUCUACUUGUUUGUGUUGGAUUGGAAGGAAUUACACUUCUGUAUACAUAAGUCCUAAAAAUUUACUUCUAUGCUUUGAAGCAAAAGUAAACCUCACAUACACUAGAAAUUUCCAGUGUUGCCCUUUUUAAAUAUUUUUGAAUAUAUCUUCAAAUAUAAACUUGAUUUCAGAGAAGCUUAUGGGUGUAUGUAAAUUCAGGUGGAUUAAUCUGCAUUUCAAAUAGCAUAUCCCUAAACCCUACCUCCUCUUCUCCCCCACCCACCCCCAUCUCAAUUCUUGUAAGACGUGUACAUGUUUUGUUCAAAAACAGGAGAAAAAAUGCUCCAAAGUGACAGAAGAAGUUUUAAUAAGUUUGACGCGUUUCAGAAGGAUAAUUCCUUCCUCGGGGGCCGCUCAACUUUUUUCAAUAUGCAUCUUACCAAACCUUGCCAACGCUUCCUUUUUUUCAGAGCUUCUUCUGGCACUUGAGAACAUUUUCUCUUGUGUUUUUGGUGCCUUUCCCUCAUACUUGUUCUUUCUCUUCUUCUGUAAAUGUUUUGUUGCUGCAAGGAAAGCCACCAGUAUUUUAAGGAACUGUCUUGCUGCUAUGAUUUUGAGAGAUGCAAUGAAGAAUUCUGUUUGGGUUUUGUUUUGGUUUUGUUGUUAACAUCCCUUGUUUUAAUCUCCUGAAGAGAAUUCUGAAUCCAGAUUGUGUCUCUACAUGUCUGGAUCAUUUUGAAUGUACUGUUCAUUCAGUGACGGAGACAAAAAAAAUUCUGGGAAUUGUAAUUGUGUUAUGUAACAGCUUGUGGUCUGAAUCUAUAAAUAUGUUUGCAAAAGUUCAAUCUGAAUAAGAACAGGACAUCCUGCUGGUGAAACACUGGAAUUCUGCUAAUGACUUCAAAUAGGAAAGCAGGGGUAAUAUUUUUUUUUUAAAGAACUGUAUGAUUUUAUUUUAAUGAAAUUACUGUACAGUUCAUAUCACAAAUGAUAUAAUUAAUUUUAAGGCUUGUUUUGCUUGAUCUUACAGUUAAGAUAAUGUUACGCAUUUAAGGUGUUACUAUUUUACUUCUCACCACUUUAAGCUAAAGCUGUUUUCUCACCCAACUAAGGGCACAGUCCUAUGCAUGUUUAGCCAGAUAGAAGUCUUACAGCCUCCAAUAUCCCCCAGUCAGUCAUGCUGGCUGGAAAAUGCUGGGAGUUGUAGGACUUACUUCUCUCUUAAGGUGUAUAGGACUGCCCUAAGUGUUUCCAAAGUUCUUUAUAGCUAAUGUUCAUUGUUUAUUAUAUUUGAUGUAGACAGACAUUCUUUCUUCGUGGGAAGGAGAAAUGUGUUAUUGGGAGGAUGCUACAUGCGUUGCAGUACAAGAUUACUGGUUACAGUAACCUUAUCAGUUGCCACAGUCCUACUCAUUCAGAAUUCUGCAUUUAAGUGAAACAUACGGGGGCGGGGGGGAAUCUAACUGUGAAAAGAGUUCAACAACGCAGCGAACUGCCAAGUAAACUGUGGAGUUCCCUGUCUUUCAGGGAAAUACUUGAAUAGGCUGUUCCUGUAGGUUUAAGUGCAAGUAGAAAACUACUCCAGGUGAGGAAAGAGAAAAGAUUGUUCUGUAUAAUGUUGGCAAGUUGAAUUAAACUACCACAAAAAAACCUGUUGCUUUUUAGUUACUAAGAGUAUGGCUGAGUUCGGAUGACACUUUAGGCAAAGGUGGAGGGGGCGGGUGAAUAGGCAACUCACCGUGUGUUAUGUUGCCAGUACUCCCCACACAGCAUUUGUCCCGCCCCCAUUGCGCGGCUGAAAGUCCCGUUGUCCUUCCAGUUGGCUGAUGCUCCUCUCUCAGUUGUCCUGGCCCUAUCCCAUCAUGCACUGCAAGUUCUGCCAGCUGUACAGGAAUGGCAGGGGCGCUUUUGGCCACUCCUGCUGGAGAACUCUAUGGCCAAUGGAAAUAACGCACAGUAGACGCAAUGGAGCCCGCCACACGACAUUUUAAUCAACGGGUCUCCGGAUAAGCAACGGGGCAGCCCGUUGUUUUUCGCCGUAGGUUAAAUGGGAAAAAAUAGUGUACCGUGACUUGUAUGCCCGUUGUGUGUCCCCACCACCAUGACACGAUAAGCAAUGCAACAGAUGAUUGACUCCACCCACUCACCCCCACGUUGCUUAUCGUGUCCGAACCCAGCCGCUGUCUGAGAAUGUUGCAAGCAUUGCUAAGCUUGCUUGUAAAACAGCCUUUUAACCUUGCAAAAUGUUGGGCUAUUGCAAUGUGAAAUUCCCACCCUAGGGUUUGACUGCUUCUUAAUGGGCAGGAGGAGGACUAUAAAUAUAGCCAGCACUAUGUAAGAAUGGUAGAGAUAUACUCAAAUCUUUUUUUUCUUUUCUUUUAUAUUAAGGGAUGUUGUAUAUUCUGUGUUUUGGUAUACAGGCCCUGUGAGUGAAAGUGUGCAUUUCCAUAUUAUGAAAAUACAAAAUGUCUUAUUUAAAUACCUAACGCACAAAUCUGAAGUAAUUUUUUGCUAGUAAAAAGAGUGUAAGUUUAUUAAUCAUCUAUAAUGUGUGCAAUACUGUAAUGUAGACAUGUUGUAAUAAACUACCUUUUGGUAAACAUGGAA